AACAUUCUUUAGAAAAAGAAUUUCAAGAAAUUUCAAGAAAAUAUCAAAUCAUUCGAAAACAUUUUAAGAAAGUAUACAAACAAGUAAAGAAUGCCACGUAAUUUUUGGCAAUGCUUGGCCCGAUCUCUCAAUACGUAACAGAAACAAUUAUAUCGAAGAAGAAGGAUUAUUAAAUAAUUAUUUAUUUAAGGAUAAAUCAAUGAUCCGGGUGGAUGGGAAAAACGAUGAUAAAAUGUCAUGUUUGGGAAAUAGUUUUACUUCUCUUCAAUAUUUUAAGUUUAACGAUAGACGCGAGCAUAGUUGGAGAGCAUAUCUCGAUGAACGAUGAUAGAAAAAGAUCCAUGGAGAUAGAUGAUUCCGUCUACUCUUGGACAGGGCCCAAUGCCCUGGCGAGAUCCGCUUUGGUGGAACGUCAAGAGAGAUUACAAUAUAAUUGCGAGGAGAUCUUGGGAGAUAGGGAAUUCGAGAACGAGAAUUUAAACCCAAAAUCUUUUAGGAAUAUUCUUGUGGACGAGCAACAUGAACUUUUAUAUUGUUACGUUCCAAAGGUUGCCUGCACGAACUGGAAACGAGUUCUGAUGGUUGUCACGGGCAAGUGGCCAGGUAACGAUCCUAUGGAGAUACCGGCUGAUCAGGCGCAUUCCCCAAGUACUUUCCAAAGGCUCAGUAAUUAUACUUUGUCCGAGAUCGAACGAAUGCUGGCGACUUAUGACAAACUGAUUGUCGUCAGACAUCCUUUGGAAAGAUUAUUGUCCGCCUACAGAAAUAAAUUGGAAGCGAAACACGAGAAGAGUUCGAAAUAUUUUCAAACCCGUUUUGGGAAGAAGAUUAUCAAGAGGUACAGACAAAACGCCACUGUAGAAUCACUGAAAAACGGCGAUGACGUGACGUUUCGAGAGUUCGUACAAUUUGUUACGGACGAUUCGUCGAAUGAGACGCGAAACGAGCACUGGAAGCCGAUAUACGAGCUUUGUCAUCCGUGCUUGGUCAAUUAUAAUCUCGUCAGCAAAUAUGAAAGUUUAGCGGAGGAUGCUACAGAAGUUUUGGAGCGAAUGGGCGUCGAGUCAAUCAAUUUUCCAGCCAAACCGAUGAACAGCGAGCCAACUGCGAAAAAACUGGAGAAAUAUUAUUCCAUGUUGACGUAUAAACAACUCCGGAAGUUAGUGGAUUUGUACAAAUUAGACCUAAGAUUAUUCGAUUACUCGCUCGAGGACGUGCUGGGAUUCUCGUUGGCUUGAUUGCAAGUUUACUCGAGAAUUUCUGACAAUAGAGAUGAAUUACGCUUCGAAUCAUGAAUAGCUACGUUAAUGGUUAAAUAGUAUUAUGCGUUUACUCGAUUGUAAUAAAUUAUACGAGUUAAUUAUUCCUGUUCUCGAUAUACAAGCACCGGUCCGCGUGCAUUAAUUUGCUCAGGUCUUUCCUUUAUAUUUAUGUGUCUAGUUAUCAUUUAAUGAAUCGAGCCGUGGAACAAAGUCUUCGUUCCAUGAGAUCGAAGUGGUUAUCGUUUUGAGGAUCUUCGAGAUAAUUGUUAGUUGUCGAGUAGAGAGAUUUUUUUCCUCCUAUGUCGUUGCUCUUAGUAUUUUUAAAACGUGUGCGAAAUCCCGUGCCAAGAAUUUAAAAGUAAAAAAACCUGUUGUUUGUGCCAAUGAAAUAUCUGUUGAUAACUUUCUUCCAGAAAGUCGUAUGAUGUUCCCUUUGAAUUUCUAGACUUUGAAAUAUCUGCAUUUUAUUCAUUCGAAUAUUUUAUUUUAUUUAUGUAGACGUUUAAAACUAAAAGAUCUAGUGACUGGUGUCUCGGUUAGUCUUGUUAUUGUAACAGGAUGCCCGCCAUAUUCAUGUACCUACGUAUGCUAAUAAUGUGUACAAAAUGUGUACAAUUUACAUUCCUAGAAAUAAUUCAUUUUGUAGCAUGUAUUAUAAGUUACCAAUUAACUCUCUCUACUUGUUAAUACACGAGUAAUUUAAUUGAGAAUUGAAUAAAGAGAUAUUUUAUAUAAUAUUCCAAUUGUGCCAAAGAUUUUAAUAAGAUUACGCCUGAUAAGAAAUUAGAUGAUAAAUCUAUCGAUCGAUAAAAUUUUGAUCGUAUCGAAAGUCACGCGAUUUCGUUAAAUGUUACAAACAUAAACGAAUGUACGAAUCUUAGAUUGGAUACGUUAACAUAUAUUGUCCAUUAUAAGGUUAAUGUUUGGCUUACGAGAUAAAAUUAACCGAAGGACUGGAAAUGAUGAACGACAUUGGUAAAGCUAAAGAGGAGCAGCUCUGCGCAGCUUAAUCAAAUGUUAAAAUUCAGCGAACCGAGUUUCCUCGAGAAUUAAAAUAGCUUUAGCUAUCAAUCAAAUCGAAGGACUCUCCUCUCAUUGAAUAUUGAAUGCUGGAUAAUUGAAUUUACCGUUUCUUUUCAUUUCCUUAUUUCAUCUUUGUUUACAUAAAAAAAUUGGAGAAAAAAAUUUCUCUUGAAUGAUGAUUAUAAUUAAAUAAACAUAUAUAUAAAACAUAUAUACAUAUAACAUAUUAAAUAACAUAAACAGAUCACACUAUAUCAUUUUUUUGAUGAAUUAUAUUUUCUUCAAUGAUUAAAAUUUUAUAUAUUUUUUAUUAUUAUUAUUUUGUCACGUGGGAAAAACCGUAGCGCCGCACGUGAAUUCUGUCAACACUCCAAGUUUAAAACGUAGGCGUUUAUAAGAGUAAUUUUUGUUUAAAAAUAAGAAUCGAUUUUUUUUAACACUUCUACCUGAGCUAAGUGACAUCGACUUCUUGUCUCAUGUUAUAAUUAAAUUAACGCUUCGAUGUAUGGUUGGUUUAUAUUCCAUUGAGCAUAAUGCUUAUAUUAUAUACGCUUGUGCAUUUUUCACGUACGAAAGAUACGUGAUAGAUGAUUAAUAGAUUAGAUUAGAUUCAUUAAUCACGUGAAUCAAAUUAAUAAAUAUUCGAUUCAUUGAUAAAUCAUUCGAUAAGAAAAGAAGAACAAUAGAUUUUAUUAUCUGAAUAAAGAUAUAUAUAUAUAUAUAUAUAAGUUUAUCAUGAACGAAUCUCUUCUUCGUUCCAGACUGUUCUUCUUUCCUUGUAGAGUGUACUCGAAAUGAUCUAUAAAUCGAUCAUAAGUUUCUUAGAAAACUUUAUAAUUUAGAGAACCGAGAUUUAUGAUAUCUUUUAUUUUUUUUUUCGUUCUAAAUUUCGUUUAAAUUUCUCUCGCAUUGUCGCAACGCUCCUCAAAGGCCAUUGAUCGCUACGACCUUGAACCCACGAAAUAUCUUUACGUCGAUGAUGAUAGUGAAUCGAUCCGAAACAUUUUCCACUGAAGCUGUAUCCAAUAUUCACGAUGCUUAAUAUAACUCGAGGUGGCGGAACUCGUUGAUUUCGCACCAGUAAAAGAUGGUGGUGGGACCCGGGCUACCAAUCCUGGACCAGAAGUUACAAGGGAAGGUGCAAUGUGGUAGUAUCCGUGAUCGAAUUGGUGGGGGAUUUCACACGGAUUCCUGGAGGAAUUUCGGGAUCUUCGUUCGUAUCGUGGAUCCUGCGUUGAGUGAUCUAGUCGAAGAUCGGACGCAAAGUGGCGCGGUGCUUGAUCUCAGAUUUUUCCGUUCGAUUUUUCAUUUUUGAUCGUCCAGCGCGAUUUAUCCGAAACUUCCGUCCGAUCGAUCCGUGAAACGGAGACAAUAAAGGAGACUGAUUCAUCAAGGAUAAAAAAGAAAAAAUUAAACAGUACGAUCAAUAUUUUGGGUAGGAGUAUUUCGUCCAUCGGAGGAAACAAUUUGAUCGUGAUCGUAUGCUGAUAAAUUUUUCUUUAGUGUCGUGAAACAUCUAUCGUGAAAAAUGCCACAGGCAGCCCACGAAACAAAAAACAUCUUAACCACGUACUUUAUACUUAUCCUCCUGCUGAUUUGCCUCUGGUUAUUAUACUCGGGAUUGUUUUAACUUUGAAAUUGACGUUCCUCGUCAUGGAAUGAAGUAAGAAAUAUACGAAGGGAAUCACAUGUUCGACGACAAUUAUAUAUCCUCGAUUGAUCAAUGAUAUAUACUCAGGAUACUCAGGAUACAUUGGAUACACAUAUUCUUCUUUCAUCCAAUUAACGACUUUUUUUCUCCGCAUUUUUCUCUAUCCGCAUAAAAUCUAUUUUAAAAUGAACGAGACAAGCGUAAUCCAUUUAAGCUCUUUCAACGUUCUCCACGAGUAUCACAUUCGUUUAUCCCAUUCUCCCAAGAUUUUAUGUAUCUCACGAUAAUUGAACGUGAAAGAGAUAGUCUUAUUUCUAAUAAAAGGAACAACCGAAAUAAGUUCAUAAUAGUUUCAUAAAUAGGUGAAUGAUUGUGAAGCACGACGAUAAAAGGAAACCUCGAUGCAUAUUUUUCUUUGUUGAAAAUUGAAGAAUUACAAUCUCUUAGGCAUUGGACCGAAUCGAGAUACGUUCCAAGCAUAGAAACGAUUCGAUUCAAAGUUUGUGCGAAAAAACAUUAAAAGUGAAUAAAAUGGAGGAGAGAAAAAUUGGACGAGGAGCAAAGAAAAAUAUUCGAGUGUUUGCGUGAAGAUGGAAAACAUCUCGGGGUACACGGUCGAUGGGUAAGAAAUACGUGGGUGUUUAGUCGAAAAUAGCGAGCGAUGCUUCCAGCUCUUUUCGCCAAUGUACCACGGCCGUAGUAUGUCCGACGUACAGAGAACUAAAUCGGUAUUUUCGAUAGCAAUUCCGAAAAUAGACGAUAUGAACAUACAUCUCGCAUCUAUCUUGAAUAUUUCAACGCUAUAUAGAUAUUAAAAACAUGCAACGACGACGCGAUACCGACCGAAUUUUCACGGUUGUUACGCAACAUUGUUGCUGGUUCUCAUCGUGGAUCGGAUUACCGAUUCUACCUUCGAUUUCGGUUGUCUCGAAUAUUUUUACUUAUAAAUAGAAUACGCGAAGAAAACGUAACUCUCAAAAUGUAAUCGAAACGAAUACUUUUCUUCCUCUUCCCUGUUCCUUCGUAAAACAUUGUUUAAUAAACGUAAAUUUUUCCAUC